GGGGCACAUGGUGUGACUAGAUAGUUUGCCUACUAUUGUCUGCAAGGACCUUGAGCAUGGUACCUGUAAGAUGGUGUGCUCGUUCAUGUCAUUAACGGUAGGUACCAGGGCGCUGGUACGGGCUACGGAGACUUUCGUCAGGACUACUAAUUUUGUCACCAAAAUCCAUACCUGUCUGAUGCGGACGGACAAUAUAUAUGCAUAUCCGUUACGUACAUACUUCGGAUCCUGCCUAAUAUGUCCUUACCACGGAGACAUCUCACUGAUCUCCUUAUCAGAUAGAUCAUCAGUGGUCCCCAUUUGAGCGGAGGGUGGUUCAUGCGCUAGGAUCAUCAGGUACCAGUGAGCGAUCGUCCUUAAGUCAAGAACACCUUGGGUGUUUCAGAUAUUUUCGGUUCCCAAUUAAUUCUUAUACUUACGCUAUACUUUUUUCGCAAAAUUAUUGUUGAUUAUUGUUAUAGCGGGAUAACCGUCAAAAACAGAAAUUUAGGCUGGGGAUCACUGCUAGGUUGCCUUGUUUUUAGUGUGCGAGGUGCGAGGCUGAAGGAAAAAGCAAUAUAGGCUCCCAACAAGCCGUGUUGAUCUUCUUCCGCGGACCUCAACGCCUAGCCACAGUACUCAUGCAGUACUCCUCGAGCAUCUGCUUUGCUGGCUUGCUUCCGCGGAUGAGUGGAUUUCAGCGUGUAGAUCUAUACCGGUAAUUUUCUUUUCAGCCACAACAACACGCACUAAAGACCAUGUUGGAAUGCAGAUCAACCCCGCCAUAUAGGCAAUCAACAGGUCCACAAUGGGAGUUCGAAAGCAUUGAUCGCUUAUUUUACUUCUCGAGGAGCGCCACGACGAGGCUAGUGAGUCAGUUUGGCCUAAGUAAUUAACGAAUAACUGCUAUUGUUAGCCCACCAACGAAACGAUGGAACGGGAAGAUGGUCCCAUCCAUGCUCACUUGACCACAAUUAUCCGCAUUAACCGCGUCCAUUUCACCUCAAUGAGGAUUGUUAGUCGCAGGCUGCAUGUGUCCCGAAGCAGAUCUCAGAUGGGUUCUAUGGUAGGUAGUGUUUCGAGUCUCGACAGUGUCCAUCAAUAUGUCUCCACCCGAAAUGCCAGGCACCGAGGGCUGUCAGUCACAAGGUUCCAAACCCUAAUUAUCAUUUUCAACGCUUCAUUCCGACGGAGUGAAAUUGUGGGCAGGUUAUGCGCAGGAUGGUACCUAUAGAGAGGCUCUACCAUGAUUUUGUGACGCACGAUAGUUUUUAGAGUAGGGUACAGCACGUCAUGUCAGCUGAAAACGACUGCCUCUGACUGGUUGGCUGAGAUUCUAGUUGCAUUCUGUAAAACUUCGGUGCAGUUCUUCUUACAUGAAUUAAUUAAAUCCUUAAUCGUAAUCGAUCUUAAUCUCAUGAUGAUCGUCCUAUCUACCCUGCACGAUCUCC